CGGCGCUUUAAAACAAGUCUUGAGGAGGGAACAUGAAGGCUCCCGCAGGUGGACUUGAAUAACAGUCGAGGAAAGCGGCCGCUGAUGGGAGGUCUCAGUGGUUGAAAUGCACCGCCGAGGCGCUGCAGGAUGAUCGCUCUCUGUGCUCGCCAUGACUCUGAGGUCCACGCUGUUUCCAAAUCCAGGAUUCAAGCAGGACACUGACACCAUCGACUUUGACAAAACGCAUUUUGGAGCCGUGAGACCCAAAAGGGAGUCCUGCAUCGAUGUCCAAAACGCACGCAGGGGAGAGAUCCCGAGCAAAUCCAAGGACUUAGAGCAGAAUUACAUGACAAGUAAAGUUUCCCUCCCGACCACAGUUGCAGAAGCAGUUCAAGGAGAAAAUAAAACUGUGGGGAUAUUGUCCCCUGUCAGACAAAUGGGGGGUGAGGGAACCCCGGUGAAAGGUAAACCCCUCUCUGCUGACAACAUGGAUAACCCUCAGAUGGCUGUGAACAAUAACCCCAAAGAUGCAGGUGCGGAUGACAGUGUGAAGGGGGUCGUCCCCGGAGUCCUCGGCACCGCAUCCAUUGAACUGUCCUCUGAGGGCAAGUGGAGGAACAUCAGGAAGACCCCUGCAAAUCCUCACACACAGGCCAACUGCCUCCGGCAAAUCCUCCUCCUUCAACUGGACCUCAUCGAACAACAGCAACAACAGCUGCAGUCCAAGGACAAGGAGAUAGAUGAGCUCAAAGCAGACAAGGAGACACUGCUUGCGCGGAUUGAGCGCAUGGAGCGUCGCCUGCAGCUCACAAAAAAGGAUCCGCCACGUGACAAGCGUCUUUUCCAGCCCCUGGAGCCAUGGACCCCCGACAAAGAGGACAUGUGGGAUCUGGAUGUAGAGGAGAGUCCACAGCCCAACGCAGCCACUCCGCUCCCUUUUAGUCGGGGUGGCAAAGGUCAAAAGAGGAAAUCCUGCUUUGGAGAUGCAAAAGUCCAGAAAUCCCGGGGCAAAAGCGCCAAGCUCAGCCCCCAGAAGUCUGAGAUUCAGCCCGGCUCUCCCAAUCAAAGAGAGCUGCGCAGUAAAGAAACCCCAGAGAAGACCGUCCCCGUGAGGACAGGGGCAGAAAGGGACAUUAUGCUCCCGUGCAAAGAGGAGCCCGAGCUGAGCUGUCAGAUCGAAGACCUGCCCUUCAUGUCUACUACAGAGAUGUACCUCUGCUGCUGGAACCAACCUCCUCUGUCUCCUCUGCGGGAGACUUCCCCUAAAAAGGAGGAAGAGGUGGCCAGUGAGUGGACUCCUCAUGUAGUACAUGAUAUGCUGAUUGUUUUCCCGUCUUGGAGGGAAAAUCACAUAGAGCCUUUGGAGGAGGACCCCUCCUUUAACCCCCCCGAGCCGCUGGACGACAGCGUGUUUCUGAAACGCCACUUGAAGCUCGAGUUGGAUGAGAAGAGAAGGAAAAGGUGGGACAUCCAGCGAAUCAGAGAGCAGCGCAUGUUUCAGCGUUUACAGCAGCGCAUGAACAGGAAGAAAGUCGUACCGGAGACCGAGCCAGAGCUUUCAUCCUUCUACCCCGACACUGAAGAUGUUGAAACUAUAGUGAUUACUCCCUUCUUGCCCGUGGUUGCAUUUGGCCGGCCGUUGCCUAAACUCUCCCAACAGAACUUCGAGCUGCCUUGGCUGGACGACAGAAGCCGGUGUCGCAUUGAGGUGCCCAAAAAACACACUCCUCACCGGACCUGUCGGAAGUGAAACCCUGUUGUGUGGCGUCCGCGGCGGAGGGACGCCGCUCCACGCCCAGAUUAGAAAAUGCUAUAAUGCUCCCUUGUGGGGGAGAGAAGACAAGUCUCCAGUCGCUAUGUAUAACUGCUGUUUCUUUCAGUCUGAAGUCUCAACGUGUCGCCGCUGACCGGCUGAGAUCGCCGCGACAGUGAAAUUCACACCUCUGAAAGGGAGAUUAAUGCUGCAAGAUUACAGUCCCCGUGUCCGCUGCUGUUUAAGAUUACAGUUUGUAUUCCAAAAAAAAAAGUAUGAACAGUUAUGUGCAUGUUCUGUAACAUGUUUAAAAUACGUUUUGUAGCAGCUGUGCCAUCCAUAAUUGAUUUUAUCUCAGAAAAGCGUCGCUUCUUGUGCAGCCGACAAGAGACUCUAAUCUUGAGCGCGUUGGUCGCCAAAUUUUUGACUAGAGCUCGAGCUCGGGAGCAAUAUUUUAGCCCUGGGUAUCACUCGUUCUCUCUGCCUUAGUGGGAUAAAAAAAAAAAAAGUCAAAAUCUGACUGUAUCGUGCUGUGUGUUGCCUAUAUCGUUGUUCACGCACAACUUAAAAUAAAAUUUUAUCAAUGUUCAGUGUGAUAUCGGGAGGUUUGAGCCACACUCAGCAUGAUUUCAUAUUUAAAAAACUUGCAGCCAGUUUAAUGUAAGAAAAUAACAAAAAGCAACCAAACGAUUGUUCUGUGUUCUUUAUGAAAACAACGGCACGGAAAAUUAGACCGUUGUUAACCCAGGGUUCUGCUCCCUGUUUUGUUUUGGGUUUGUUUUGUUUUUUUAAAUGUGAGUUGCAUGGGCUCUAUUUAGCUGUUUUAAAAAGAAAAACAUGGUAGCAUGGCUUCACCCCAAAAUGGAGAGGAAUCUCCGCUCAUCGGGCUACAAAAACAAUAUCUGAAAGCAUGACUUUUGGCUGCUCCGUUCAGUGAGAGCUGCUGCGCUCAACCUGAUAAUAACAGUCUCGAUCUUUGGUGUUUCCAAUCUUCACAAUACGCUUACAUCCAGUAAAUAUUAGGCGAGUCGUGUGUAUGCAUUUGGUCUCUUGCGGAUGCUGUCUGACACUCAAGGGAACCACUUUAGACGAUAAUAAAUAAGCUUUCUAGCUGUAGUUCUAGCGAUGUUCUCCGGUAUGCUCUUUUAACCUGCUGCCAGAUAAUCUCUCUGAUUUAACCUCAAUCUUUGAUUUCUGACGCUGUUUUCUUCCUCUAUUUUUUUACAUUCGAUGCAAAGGCUUUCUGCAACACUUUCACUUGCCAGGCGUACGUGUAGGCAUAUUUUGGAAAUACAAAGUUGUUUUGUUUUGUUUGUUUUUCUGUACAUAGCUUCCAGAAACAAAUGUACAUAAAACAUGGCUGUUAUUUUUUUAUUAUUUAAUGUCAGACGUGUUGAGUACAUUCAAUAUUGUUCUAUGAUUGUAUGUUGACAAAAUUGACAGUUUUGAAAGUUACAUUUUUUUGGAAUAAAAUUAACAUGUCUACGA